UGCAUUCUUUGCUUCCUACAAAUCUCUCUUAGGUAGUCGAUCUCUUUGCUUGCUUUCUACACCAGGUCCAUAAGAUUGUCGUAUUAGGGGAACUUGUAUCUCUGCGGUUCAGCUUGUAGCGUUCAUGACGGAGAAGAUGCCUCCUGCUCAACAUAGUGAACAACAAUUACAACCGAACGCACAGGAAAAGACACUGCUUCAGAAACUUCAAGAUACAACGAGCUGGGAUACCAUACUUGUAAUCUCAUGUGUGAUUGCAGUUACAGUUGAUCCUCUGUUCUUUUACCUUCCGAUCAUUAACGAAGAAAUCAAGUGCCUUGGAGUGGACAAAAAUUUGAGGACUGCUGCUUAUCUUUUGCGAGCAGUCACUGAUAUUGCUUUCAUCUGGAACAUUUUCUAUCACGUUAAAAAUGUCACCGAAGAGGUACAAUCUAGAGCAAAGUUAAUCAAUAGUAAUCCAAAGAAUAUUGAAGAAAAAAAGGAUCCGAGAAUUUGGUUUGCAAGGGAAUUAGCUCGUAAGAUGCCAUGGCACUCGAUUCUAAUUGACAUUCUUGCUGUUCUCCCUAUCCCACAAGUGCUAAUGGCUGUUUUCUUCAAAAUGAAAAGUUCCAAAUAUCUUGACCGAAGAAAGAUAAUUGAUGCGUUUCUUCUCCUUCAAUAUUUUCCAAGGAUUUAUCGAAUGCAUCAUUCGUCAAAGAAAUUUAGGCAAAAGAAAGAAGUAUGGAUCAGAGGUACAUUCUAUUUUUUCUUAUACAUCCUCGCCAGUCAUGUGCUCGGAGCUUUCUGGUACUUUUUCUCCAUUCAACGAAAGACAUUAUGUUGGCACCGAGCUUGUAUGAAGCAUAGUACAAGUGAUUGCAUUUUUUACUGCGAUCAAGACAUUUCUUCAAGAAAUAUGACAUUCAUUAGUUCUCUAGAUGAAUUUUGCCUUGUUGAUGUUCCGGAAAAUGUGACCACACCAUUUGAUUUCGGAAUAUUUCUUGAUUCCCUUAAGAGUGGCAACACCGGGCAAAUAAAUUUCGGAAAGAAAUUUUUUUACUCCUUCUGGUGGGGACUGCGAAAUCUUAGUAACUUUGGGACGAACUUAGAAACAAGUACCUAUGUGUGGGAGAACUGUUUUGCAAUCCUUAUAUCUAUUGUUGGUUUGCUUCUAUUCUUAUAUCUCAUCGGAAAUGUACAGACAUUCAUCUCUAUGGCAACUGAAAAAUCAGAGGAGAGAAGAAAAAAGCUUAACUCGACAAAGUGUGAUCUACAACUCUGGAUGGAGAGAAAUGAUCUUAAGGUGAACGAGAAAGGGAAAGAGAUAGGGAACGAAAUCGAGAAAUUUGUACGAAAGAAAUCGGAAAAAAUCAAAGAGGCUGAUGUGGAGAACAUAUUCAAUAUCCUCCCUCCGCAAAACCGAACAUCUCUAAAACGAUUUCUCUGCAUGAAAAUACUAAGGAAGGUUCCCUUGAGGCUAAAGGGAGUCGAGGCUACAGAAAAGAAGCGAAGCCAAGAAAAUAACACAAAGGAAGAAGUAUAUCAAAAAAAACAAACAUAAAGGAAGAAGUGUUGACAAGCAUUUGUGACCAUCUAAAACCGGUGAUCUAUCCGG